AGCUACCUGUAUUUUCGCAGCAUCCGUUCACCCACAAGACAAAAUGGCUGCAGUCAAUCAGGUUUACAUCGCCAUCAUUGGCGCCGGUGGUGUCGGCAAAUGCUUCCUCUCCCAGCUGCAAGCGCUCGCCGCUCGCAGGCCGUCUCCCAAGCUGAGCCUCUGCUACAUCUCGACAAGUCGCAAGGCCCUAUACAACGUCGAUUACUCCCCCGUGAGCCUUGAUGGCGUCACCGAAAGCCUCGCUGCGUCCACACAGGCCCCUCCUCCUCUGUCGCAAGUGAUUGACUACCUGGCUUCCGCCCCCGCCAAGGUGAUCCUGGUCGACAACACGAGCUCUCAGGAUGUCGCCGAUGCUUACCCACUGGCCCUGAGUCGGGGUCUUAGUAUCGUGACACCUAACAAGAAGGCCUUUUCCGGCUCAUACAAGCUCUGGCAGGAUAUUUUCACGGCAUCCGCAACCUCUGGUGCCAAGAUCUACCACGAGUCAUCGGUCGGCGCUGGUCUGCCAGUCAUCUCCACGCUCAAGGAUCUGGUCGAUACAGGAGACAAGGUGACCAAAAUCGAGGGUGUCUUCAGCGGCACCAUGUCGUUUCUCUUCAAUUCGUUUGCACCGACCGAGGGUCAGGGCGGCAAGUGGUCUGAGGAGGUGAAGAAAGCAAAGGCACUUGGCUACACUGAGCCGGAUCCCAGAGAUGAUCUCAAUGGCCUUGAUGUCGCUCGCAAGUUGACUAUUUUGGCCCGCUUGGCAGGUCUGCCUGUCGAAUCGCCCACAUCUUUCCCUGUCCAGAGCCUUAUUCCCAAGGAAUUGGAGGCUUGUUCGACCGGAGAUGAAUUUCUUGAGAAGCUGCCUGCCUUUGAUCAGCAGAUGGAAGACACCAAAGCUGCCGCCGAGAAGGCUGGAAAAGUUGUUCGAUUUGUUGGCAGUAUUGACGUGGCCACCCAGCAGGUCAAGGUCGGACUGGAGCAAUUUGAUCGCUCACACCCCAUUGCUUCCCUCAAGGGCAGUGACAACAUCAUCAGCUUCUAUACUGAGAGAUAUGGCAGCAAUCCUUUGAUUAUCCAGGGCGCGGGUGCCGGCGGAGACGUGACGGCCAUGGGUGUGACAGGAGAUCUCAUCAAGGUGCUUUCGCAAAUCGCUUAGAACCGUAUCCAAGAUAUCUAUGUGACAUAUAUGUAUCUGAUAAUAAAAAAAGACCAAUUGUUAUAAGUCAUGAUCGCUUAUCGUCGUCUCGCUCGCUGAUCGCCAUGUUCGGAACCGAUUGUUGUUGUUGUUGCUGCUGUUGCCGCGACUAUUGCUGCUGCCGAACCGGCUGCGGCGGGGGCCCGUCCAUCUGGGGCUUGGGUAAACGUUCUCCAGAUCCAUAACAGAAUAUCAAAAACGACGGCAAGGAGAGAAGGAACAAUAAAAAACAAGCCCAGGGCCAAGCUAAUCCAUGAUAUGGCAUUGACGAGAAAAGAUGAGCCGGGGAACGAUAGAAAUGCCAGCGCACCAGAGACAUC